AUGAGCAAACACCAGUUGGUCCAGUCGCUCAAGGAUACUCUCCCGACAUACUCUGGUGACUUCCCUCCCCAAUUGCUCUCGUAUGUUGAUUCACUCUACCUGCUAAGCCAUCAGCAGCUUCCAGUUCUACCGAAUAGAGGUGAAGUUGCCAGAUACCAUUUAUGUGCAUAUUUAGGUGUCGAGAGAUGCCAGGAGCGUCUUAAAUUGCCUAUACCACUGGCUCAGAAGAUUCCUCUCCAGCCCAAAAUUGCAGAAAAGCUUCUACAAGAUCUACGGCUGUUGGUGGUCAAAUCUCCAGCUUCAAGUCCUCGAAAGAGAGUCCAGACGCCGACCUCGUCACCUUCCAAAAGACAGAAUGCUCCCAUUGUUGGUUCUCCACUCAAAAGGCUGCGUGUGGCCGAAGAUCUUGCUUCAGAUACUCUGCCUGCUGGUAACGGAAAGCUGACGGUCAAGGCAGAGAAUGAAGAAUCGCCAUUUCUCUCCAAAUCCGGAGUGGAAUCUCCGUUUGUGACAAAAUUGACCAACUCCAUGGAUGCACCCAAAACGCCUACCAGAUCACCAAAGAAGAGCAAGCUUUCUGCUGCGUCAACGCCCAAUAGUCCAAGGUACAUUCGACAGUUGAGCAUAGCUGACUUUAUCUCGUUUGCCAACAACUUCUACAUCCCAGCAACCGUCACACCUCAUAUAUUGGAGUUCUUCAUGUCGCAAAGAUAUAAGUUCGCCAAAAAGAAUGAGUGGUUCUUGGCAUGUGGCCUCAUCUAUGCAGCCUACAUUCGUAUUAAUGAUCGCAUCAUGGUUUCUGCUGUGAAGAAGACGGAACUCCAGGACCAGCUUUUCCAGUACCAGAAAGGAGGUCUCGGUAAACAGAACAUGGUAAUGUGGCUCAACAUUAUUGAGGAGUCCGUAAAGACUGAGGCAUGGAUCAUGGAUUUGGAGUUGAAGUACGUGCAUAAUAACUGGACCCCAGAGGAUACAACAAGAGAGAAGGAGAUCGAAGCUAAGUUGGGACGAGGAUACGAAUUGUUGCUGGAUUUUGGAUCCAUGAUCAGUCCAUCGCAUAUGUUCAACAAAGCGUCUCAAAAGAAGUAUUACGAUGUGUGGACGAAAAGAUUGCUCGAAGAGCUUGACAAUGCACAAGACAAAUGA